CUGAAUAUACAAAAAUACUUUCUACAGCCAAGGUAAAGCUUGCAAACAUAUGUAUUGCAACUCUUACGUAGUGUAUGUGGAAAGUGAAAAUUGUCCGUCUGGUAAUCGGAUUUUUUCCAUAUAUAAGUGCUACAGCUAAAGGAAACUACCAUAAUAAAAGAGAUUUUUUUUUUUAAAUUGCCCAUCAAAGGGGAACUUCAUUCAAUACAACGAAGAACAAAACUCAACGAUGAUUCAAGAAUACGAAGAUGAUUACUUUCUUGAAGAAGAUAAAAUGGGAAUGACUGUUUCAUCCGGAUCAGUUAUCAUAAAAAAAGAUCAAAGUAAUUUAAUCGGUAUAAGCAUUGGUGGUGGUGCACCAUACUGUCCUUGUCUAUACAUAGUUCAGGUGUUUGAUGGUACACCAACGGCCAAUGAAGGCACAUUACAGAGUGGAGAUGAAUUGCUUGGCGUGAAUGGGCAGUCAGCUAAAGGUAAAACAAAAGUGGCGGUUGCCAAAAUGAUUCAGUCGGCUACAAAUGAAGUAACAAUACAUUACAACAAACUACAUGCUGAUCCGACCCAGGGAGAGUCACUUGACAUCGCUCUUAAAAAGCUAAAACAUCGUUUCGUUGAGGGCAUGUCGAGCAAUACAGCUGACUCACUUGGAUUGUCUCGAGCCAUUUUAUGUAAUGAUUCUCUGGUGAAACGCCUCCAAGAGCUUCAAUCAACUGAAUCAAUGUAUCGUGGAUUGGUUGAACACAGCAAACGGAUGUUGAAGGCCCAUUUUGAUGUAAUACAAUGUUUCUCACUAUUUGGUCGAAAUUUUGCCGAAAUUCGGGAGCCACAACAAACUGCAUCCGAAACAUUUCGAAUAUUCAGUGAAAUGCAUCGAAAUAUGGAAAAAGAUGGUCUGAUAAUGUUAAAAGCGAUUAAACCGGUAUUGAGUGAUCUUGGAACCUACUUGAUGAAAGCCAUUCCUGACACUAAAUUGACUAUUCGCCGAUAUGCUGAUGCGAAAUUCACUUAUUUAUCGUACUGUCUCAAGGUGAAGGAAUUAGACGAUGAAGAACAUACCUAUGCGGCCCUACAAGAUCCGUUGUAUCGUGUUGAAACGGGCAACUAUGAAUAUAGAUUGAUUUUACGAUGUCGACAAGAGGCUCGUGCCAAAUUUGCAUCUUUACGCAAUGACGUAUUGGAAAAAUUGGAAUUACUCGAGAGCAAACAUGCCCAAGAUUUGGUAAACCAUCUACGAAAAUUAAUUGAAGGUUUAGCAAACUACAGUCGGGAUAUAUUGGAAAAAAUACAGAUGCAUCCAAAUCUAUUCCCAAUCGAAGUUGAUCUCAAGCCAAGUGCAUUCCAAUACAAAUCCAAUCAGAUCGUAAAAUUUGAAGAGGAAGAAGAUGAGGAGGAAAUUCCAAUCGAAAUGGGCGUUGAAGCACUAACUACAAAAGACCGUAUGGAGGCAAAUUCUAAUACAAAAAUACAAAAAUCAGCAAAUUUGAUCGCCGCUUUCGAAGAAAUUGAUUUAAAUGAUUCACAAAGCGGCAAAGAUACCAUUUCUACAGCAGAUAAUUUAUUGGUUGAGCUUGGUAUAGCAGAUAUUGAUUUAUCACUGAAUUCCACUUCAAUGAAGGCACAAUCAUGGCUUCAGAGGAAAACAUCAACAGAACAAAGUCUUAAUUGGUUAGCAGAAGAUUUGAAUACAUUUUCAGCAGAAACUGUUAACGACACGUUAAAAUUCAAUGCAAACCAAAACCAAGAUCAAGAACGUAGCAACAAUAAUAAUGCGAAUUUAUUGGAUUAAUUCCAAAUGAAUGUAGUGUUUAAUACCAUACCGACCACUUUUUCUAGUCCUUAAAACCGCUCCAAUUGUAUACAAUCGUAUGUUGAUUGUAAAAUAAAGAGUCUUGUCAUUUUAUGUGAAUAUAUGAAUA